AAAAAAAAAAAAAAAAAAGAAAAAUGUCACCAGCAUUACCUACAGAAUGUCUUGUAGAAAUAUUAAAAAUUCUUAAUACAUCUUAUACUUUAUAUCCUUGUAUUUUUGUAAACCGAACGUGGUGUACUGCUGCAAUGCCUUUACUUUGGAGUGAUCCUUGGAAACAUAUUUUUGAAUGUUAUGAAGAAGAGGAGGAUGAUGAAUUAUCUGAAAUGUUAAUUUCAACUUAUAUAUCAUGUCUUUCAGAGAAUGAUCAUAAUUAUUUAAUUGGUUCUGGAGUAAUUUUAAUGGAUUGGAUGAAAAGAAAACCAUGUUUUGAUUAUCCUGCUUUUCUUAGAAAUAUUAAUUUUAAUGAUAUUAGUUAUAGUAUUGAAAAAUUUAUAUGUAAAAAUAUUGAAAAGGAUGAUUAUGAUUCAAGAUUAAUUAAUUUUCUUAUUGAAAAGAUUGGAAAUUUAUUUAUGAAAAAAAUUCAAAGGCUUGAUUACUUACAAUUUUUAGAUCGGUUUGACCAAAUUACUCAUGUUGAUUAUUCCCCUCUGGUAUUGCGAAACCUUCCUAAAGCGAAAAAUGCCUUUUGUCAAAUUAGGAAAUUUGUAUGUAGAGGUGAUACAAAUUAUGAAUUUUUAAUUGCAUUGUCAAAAUGUUGUAAAUUAAUUGAAGACUUGGAAGUAUUGGAUAUUUAUGAGGAUAAUAAUGCUUUAGCCCUACUCAUAAGUUCACAAAUAUCUUUACGUAGUUUCCGUUUAGAAGUUUCAAAUAAUACUCCUAGAAAUUUUGAAAUUAUUAAUAUUCAAAAUUCUUUUAAAGGUAUUGAAACUUUAAUUGAUUUACAAUUAUAUAAAAAAUUAUUACCUUUAAAUUUAUUUACAAAAUGUAAUGGUUUACAAAAAUUACAUUUUGAUUCAAAACAUGAUGAUAUUCAAGGAUUAGAAGAUUUUGUUAAAAGAAAAUUUCCGGAUUUAAGAGAUUUAAAAAUUCGUGUAAAGAAUAUUAAUAUUUUACAAUUUUCUCAAUUAAUUAAUAAUACACAAGGAUUUGAUAAACUUUGUAUUUCAGGAAAUGUUAAAGAUCCUGAAAAUGCUAUAAUAUUUCGUGAUUCAAUUAUUAAAAAAUGUAUUAAUUUAUAUAGUUUAAGUCUUGCUUUUCAACCUAUAGAAAUUUUUAUACCAACUUUACCAAUACUUUUUAAAACUUUUAAAAAUCUUCAAUUCUUGGAUUUAAUGUUAUCAGCUUCUAUUGAUAAAAUUAAUAUUGGUGAUGAAUUAAUUGAAGCGGCUUUAUAUAUUCCCAAACAAUUAUGUUAUAUUCAUUUCCCAAAAAAUUGGUAUUGUGAUAGAGAAUCAAAUAAGAAAUUUUUUGAUGUUUUAGAUAGAAAAAAUAUGAAUUUGACAAUUUUAUUACAUGUUUAA